GCUCACUCGACUGCGUUAUCAAGCCCAACUCCCCAACCACCCCGCAUCCGCCUGCCCGCCAUGAACAUCAACUCGCCUAUUCCAAAAGACCUCGGCUCCGAGUGCACAAAGGCCGCGAAUAUCAUGGCCCACUUUGUCAAGGGCAAGGGCGUCGUCGACCAAGUUAUCCCUCCGUCGAUCAUCGCCAACGCCAAGGGCGUGGCCAUCCUUUCUGUCGUCAAGGUCGGCUUCGUUUGGUCAGGAAGAGCCGGCUCUGGUAUCGUCGUUGCCCGCCUGCCCGAUGGCGGCUGGUCCGCUCCCUCAGCAAUCGGAACCGCCGGAAUGGGUGUCGGCGGACAAAUCGGUGCCGAGCUCACGGACUUUGUCAUGAUCCUCAACACAGCCGAGUCUGUGCGGGCGUUCAGCCAGGGCGGCAACGUCACCCUCGGCGGCAAUCUCUCUGUCGCCGCUGGGCCCAUUGGCCGCAACGCCGAGGCCAGUGGAACUUACGGAGGCGGUUUCACGGCCGUCUAUUCUUACAGCAAAACCAAAGGCCUCUUUGCCGGCGUUUCGCUCGAAGGAUCCGUCAUCAUCGAGCGAAAGGAAACCAAUGCAAGCUUCUAUCAUCGCCAGAUCUCCGCAAAGGAGAUUCUCAGUGGCCGUGUGCCCCCGCCCCGGCAAGCCGAAGAACUGUACCGUGCCUUGAAUAUCAAAUCCGACAUCGGCAACAUGAUCGGCGACCGGAAUCGGACCGAGCUCGAGCGAGACGACCUCCCCAACCCCAACCGGGUCGAGCGCGACUCAUGGUCGUCCAACCGGGAUCGAAACAACUUUGGCCGCGCAGAUACCAAGACCGGAUACAGCCUGGACCGCAGCCAAUUCACUGGCCGGGAUAGCGGCAGCUCAAGACCGCCCAACCCUUUUUCAAGCCAGGACGACCCCUUCUCGACCCCAUCCGACAGCCCCGCGCCGCGGCGUCCCCCCGCUCGUCCACAGGGCAGAAUCACGGCCACGGCCCUCUACGACUUCCAGGGCGAGCGUGAUGGUGAUCUGUCCUUCCGAAAAGGCGAUCUCAUCGUUGUUCUGAAGAAGACCGAGAGCCAGGACGACUGGUGGACCGGCCGCCACAAUGGCACAGAGGGAGUGUUCCCAGCCAACUAUGUCGCUCUCGACUGAUUGGCUGCCAUUUUGUAUUGAUCUUUUCUUGAUGGACCCGAUCCAUCCGAUUUGCCCGAUUUGCGCCUCUCUUCCGCGUGUGUUAUGAAGAGCCAUAUCCAUUGACUUCUGACUGAUGCUGUUGCAGCCGCAAAUAGCCAGAGGCAAAGGCCAAUAUACGUACCGUACCAUUCGCACAGC